CCAGGCCUCCCUGGGCUAUGUAAUGAAUUCUUGUCUCAAUAAAAUAAAGUUAACAAACAUCAACUUUGUUUUCCUAGUAGGUAAAGGAAAACAUGACAGAAACAGAUGGCUUCUACAAAAGGGAAGUCUUUGAUCCAGCAGAACAGUACAAGAUGGACCACAAGAGGAGAGGAAUCGCCCUAAUCUUCAAUCAUGAGAGGUUCUUCUGGCACUUGACACUCCCAGAGAGGCGGGGCACCAGUGCAGACAGGGACAACCUGACUCGAAGGUUUUCAGAGCUAGGAUUUGAAGUGAAAUGCUUUAACGAUCUCAAAGCCCAAGAACUCCUGCUCAAAAUUCAUGAGGUGUCGACCUCAAGCCAUGUAGAUGCUGAUUGCUUCCUGUGUGUCUUCCUGAGCCAUGGUGAAGGCAACCACAUUUAUGCAUAUGACGCCAAAAUUGAAAUCCAGACCUUGACUGGCUUGUUCAAAGGAGACAAGUGUCAGAGCUUGGUUGGAAAACCCAAGAUAUUUAUCAUUCAGGCCUGCCGGGGCAACCAGCACGACGUUCCAGUGGUUCCUCUGGACGUGGUGGAUCACCAGACAGAUACGGCGAACAACGUAACACAGGUGGAUGCUGCCUCUGUGUACACGCUGCCCGCCGGGGCGGACUUCCUCAUGUGUUACUCCGUGGCCGAAGGGUAUUACUCUCACCGAGAGACUGUGAACGGCUCGUGGUACAUCCAGGAUUUGUGUGAGAUGCUGGCGAGGUACGGCAGCUCCUUAGAGUUCACGGAGCUGCUCACACUGGUGAACAGGAAGGUGUCUCAGCGCCGCGUGGACUUCUGCAAAGACCCAGGUGCGAUUGGCAAGAAGCAGGUUCCCUGCUUUGCCUCCAUGCUGACCAAAAAGCUGCACUUCUGUCCCAAAUCUAGCAAGUAGGGUCGUUGGUCUUGUCUACACACACCUCCGUCUUAUCCAGCUGCCAAUUGGUUGAAGCCUUUGGCCCAGCAACGUAAUGGUUCAAGGUUUAAGAUGCCGUGGGAAAAGUGCUGCUUCUUUGUUCGUUUUUAAUCAUGUUGGAGAUGCUGAAGGGGCUAAAAGAAAUCCUCAGGAAAUGACUAUGUGUGAUGUCUACUAUCAUUUGUUACACUUGUGGUAAACUGCAAAGUUACCCAAAACACCAGCCAGUUUGCCUUACAUUUAUACAAGUUGAUUGGAUAAUGUUUUUAAAGAUUUUUGAAACUCAGAAUGGGAUUGUUUUCAUUUAAUAAAAAGUCUAAAACUCA